AUGGAUACAUGUACACCGGGUGACUCCAAGAUCGGGUACGCAUGCCAGCUCACUCCCGAGGCCUACUUCGCCAAGCUACGUUUGGGCAAAGGCCAUGCAGCCACGGCAGCUAGCUGGGUCCGUCGUCACAUCGACCGUGUGUACGAUGAUUACAGCUCCGCACAUCUUGCCCGUGACGAGGACGGUGUGAAAUUCAACCCCGCCAUGCUCCAGUUCUUGCGACCAAUCAGACGCAUCAUGAACAUGGAAGAUCCAGACGCUCCAAAGCAAGCUUAUCUUGUCAUGACUUGCCUUCAAAACCUAUGGUAUGAUGAGAUGGAUCAGUGGUGUAAUACCAUGUGUGACAAACGACUAGAGGACGGUUUGGAGGAUGAGGAAGAGCGCGAAAAUGAACCUGACAGCCAUUCAUGCUACCCGAAUGGUGGCAAUGGGGGAGUGUUACCGCCUGGAGACAAUCGAAAGUCAAAUGGCAAGGAUUUAAUCGGGAAGUACGACCAUCUUCUCGAUAAGUUGGUGGUGGGAGAGGCUGUGGCGAUUCAUGAGCAGCAAGACUAUGUCUCUCAUUUUAUUGGAAUCACGGAUUGGCUACCUGAGACAAGGAAAGAGUUGGAUUUGCUUUCAGUUCUGGAGCGAAGGAAGAAGCAACUGACCUUGGUCGAGAUGGGAUUUGUCAAGCUGAAGCCGCGGAAGGAGGAAGAAAAGGGAUGUGAAAAUUAG